AGACUGUCAGUGUGUUAGUGCCCGCGAUCACAAGUAUACGUGUGUGCGAGGGCCCACUCAUGGCAGCCGACUAUGACGGCUCGUAGAUUUGACAGCUAGCUCAAUGCGGGUUCAGACGUUCAUUAUACCGCGACCGAUGUAAUUUUCGUGAACCACUUGACAUGUUGUGUACGCGCGGACGCAGUGACAUGGUCGAGUUUUUAUGACAGUGACAGUGAUAUUUUAAUUUUCGCGCGAACUUGAACUUGUGAUAUUGAUUUGUGAUAUGUCCCGCCUGAGGAUCUUACGAUGUUCGCAAUUAGUCACGGCCCGCCGGUUGUAUCGCUGGGGUGCUUAGACAUAAAUAAAAAAUCUCUCGCGGUUUUGUGGUAUCAACUAGACGGAACGAAAACAUGCGCCACGUUAUAGGAAACAUAAAUAAAUAAACUCGUUAAAUCCGCGCCGUGUAACGCUACAAUAAAUUAUGCCUAAAAAGAGGUGAUAUAUUUUAAAAACUUUUUGAUUUUAGAAGCGAAAUAUUAUUUUUGAUAAUAAUCUAGAGGCUUCGCGAAUAUUUUUGUAAGAAAAACAAGUGAUCAUUUACAUAGUGAAUAUUUCAGCGCGUAAUAAGUGCUCUAUAUUUUUAUAUGAGAAUGUUUUUGGACAAUUUACUGUGGAUUAUUUGAUGGAUCUUAAUGAUUCACCGAGGAACCGAUGAGAAGAUACCGUCCCUUGGCACCGCGUGAGCGUCCAGUGAGUUCAAGCGCCGCCGUGUAGUGAAUGGAAUCCCAAGUGUCCGUGUUGUGAACUGAACAGUGAUAGUGUCGGCCCUCGGGCCGAGAAGCUGCGACGGAAGAUACGGACGCGAGCCGCGCGGGCUGCGGGCCCGCGAUGAGCGCCAACAGCUGCGAUAACAUGACGUACUUCUCCAACGCCUACAUGCCGGACAUGCGCAACGGCGGGCACGAGCACCAGCAGGCGCACGCGCACUACGGCGCCGUGCCGCAGCAGGGCCACGAGAUGGACGGCUGCGAGCAGCAGCUGCGGCCGGCGCAGCACCACUACCCCGCGCAGCCGGCGCCGGGCAUGCCCUACCCGCGGUUCCCGCCCUACGACCGGCUGGGCUACUACCAGCAGAUGGAGCAGAACGGGUACCGGCCUGACAGUCCGUCGCAGAUGGGUCACAUGGGUCCGAAGUCGGACGGGUACGGGCCGAACGGGCACCAGCCGCCGGCGCCGGCGGUGUAUACGUCGUGUAAGCUGCAGGCGGCGGCGGCGACGGCUGGUGGGGUGCCGGGCAGCCCGCCGCUGGAGCAGGCGCAGCAGAUGCCGCACCAUAUGCACGCGCAGCAGCACAUGGUGCCGCACGUGCCGCAUCAGCAGCACCUCAUGUACCCGGUGGACGACAUGCAGCACCAGACGCAGAUGCCGCCCAUGCAUCAGCAGUCCAUGCACGCGCAGCAGCCGCCCCCGCAGCAGCCGCCGCCCAACACCAACGCGUCGCUGCCCAGUCCACUAUACCCCUGGAUGAGAAGUCAAUUCGAGAGGAAGCGGGGCCGGCAGACGUACACGCGGUACCAGACGCUGGAGUUAGAAAAGGAGUUCCACUUCAACCGGUACCUGACGCGGAGGAGACGGAUCGAGAUCGCGCACGCGCUGUGCCUCACCGAGCGGCAGAUCAAGAUCUGGUUCCAGAACCGCCGCAUGAAGUGGAAGAAAGAGAACAAGACCAAAGGAGAGCCCGGCUCCGGAGACGAGCCCGACAACAUGAGCCCGCCGACGUCGCCGCAGUAACCGGCCAGCUCCGCGGUCCGCAAAGGAACCGAUCCAAAUCCUCAACGAAUCGUUCCCGUGUCCAUUUUAGUUUCGUCGUAUCGUUGAUGUUGCGUUGCUUCGGCGUCAUGGUGAAUCUGAAACUAACGAUCAGACCGGAGUUACUAGAACAGUUUAAUUUGUAUAAAUUGUAUGUUGGACUUUUCAUGAUAAUAUUACAUUAUAACUAAUACGUAACCUAGUGAUUACGAAUAAAGAGUAAUGAUAGUGUGAUGAAGAGAUUUUUACAGUUGUUAAGUAUAAAUUAAUUUAUAGAACAAUCUCAAUACCAAUAAUUACCAAAAACGCAGUAUAUAAUAAUUAGUAAACUGCAUGAACAUUUAUGUGAUUAUAUAGCUGGAUAACUUCUGGAUUAUGAAAUUUAUGAUUGGUAACCAUGAUGUAAUUUUUUUGACAAAGUGCUUAACAUAAAUUUUCCUUUCACACUUUGCCCCUUGAUGUAAAUUCGUUCACUUACUUUUAGUACAUAUUUUUUACCAAAUCUGUGUUCCUUUUGUCGUAUUGUUUAUUAUGAUGCAAAUAGAGUAUGGUUUCAAUUCUAUUGAGCACUUUGUACAAAAAUCUACAAAGUUUUUUUAUUUCUCAUUAUUUUGAUUCACAAAACCAUAAGGACCUCUUAUAAUUAACCAUUGAUAAGAAGGCAAUUAGUAUCCAUAUUGUUAUUAUUUAAUAUAUUUGAUGUUUUAUUUCUAAUUAAGCUAUCGAGAUACUAUUCUGUACAUACAUGAUAAUUUUAGAAUUUGUAAUGUACAAUUGUUUUAGUGUGAAUAAUAUAAUUGAGAUUAAUUUGUGAAACAACGAUUUUUCGCGUUUCAAAUUCUGAAUAACGAGUGUUUAUUUUGUGAAACUUAUCUGAUUUUUACUAUUAUGAUUCUACAUAAUUUGUAGUUUUGGAAAGGCCAGUUAUACAAGUGCAAUGUAUACGAUUUUUCGAUGACACAUAUACGUAAUUAAUACUGAUAAUAACGUCAUAGGAAAUCUAUUAUUAUUAUUGUAAAAUGUUACGAGAUUGAAACAUAUAAUUUAGAUACAAAUGAUUGUCGUGGUUUUCGAUGAUCUUUGAUAAAAAUUCUAUAUCUUGAACAAAAUGAAUGUAGUGCCAUUCAAUGGGAUGAAAAUCUAAAAGACAACAUGGACUUGGAAUCAUAAGGGACGGUAGUCGGAUAAGUCGUUCACGACUAUGUAUAGUAAUGAAACAAAGGUUACCUUCAAUUUUGUAGGUGCAGAGAAUCUUAAUAGUUGAUACUUUAUUUGAGUCUUUUACGGAACGUAUGAGGUUAUAUGUACACAGUAUACCAAAGCUAGGAGAUAAACUGCUGGUUGUUAAUGUUUACUUAAUAAAGAGUUAUGUAAAGGUGCAGACGACGCGUCACCAAUGUCGUCCUACCAGACACCGUUUACUAAAGGUAUUUUUAUAAAAUCAUUGCCUAUGGAACCCAAAUACGUAAAAGAGAUAUCGUACAUUGAAUAUAUUUACUCGUAACACGAUAGUAUUACGAAUAUUAUUAAAUUGAAGAGUGAAAUUGUGAGGUUGGUGAACAUUUUCAGGAUUCACGUUAUACGUUUUUCUUAAUAAUGUAAACUAUUUGUAAAUUAUUAUUUUUUCAACUAGAUUGUAACUAGUGAAUGUUUUCUAAGAACUCAGUGAGCCGGUUUCAUUUUAUAAAUAUUUUUCUUUUUAAUUUUGUGCUGUGUUCGUUAAGUAAAUGUAAAUUGUAAUAAUUGUAUAUUGUCGAUAAUAUUCAAUAUUUAUUUAUUGAUUCGCUUAAUUUACGUUCGCUUACGUGUAUUUGUUUCUUGUCUUUCAUUGGGUAAGUGGUUUACUCGAUCGCUGUCUGGCUGGGAUGCAUUUUUGUUAAUUAUUGAUUAAUUAUUUUUAACUUUGCUCAAAUAUCACAUAUUUGUGUUGUAUAUUUUUAUAGCAGUAAGGAUUGUUUUGUCAUGUAACCGUCAAGAGUAAUGUGCGUUCCAAGAUGUAUAGUUUGUACACGCAUUGUAUAUGUUUUGCUGACACCAAGUGCAAUUUGUGAACUAAAUUCUAAACGAUCCCUUGCCAGAUAGGAACUCGACUUUUGACUUAUAAAUUCAGAUUAGGUUUAUGUCGAAAUUAUUAAAUUUAAGUUUCGAUCGUUAGGUCUACUGAACUGUCCUCGAAUUUUUGAAAUUAGGUUUGUAGAAACAAAUGGGAAACCUAAUUUGAAUUAUUUUAUUUACCAUUUAUGUCCUAUCGAUUCAAAAUUUAUGAAAUAUAACUAUAAUUAGUAACUUAAUAAGGUUAGGCGAGACGAUAUUGUCAUAAAUAUAUAAAUACAUGAAAUUAAUAAAGCAUAAUGAUUGUA